AUGGUCGAUGAUUCAGAUCGCACCACACCUGAGAAUGCCAAUCCGGAUGAAAUGGAUGCAUCCAGAAUUUUGCUGGGCUUGAGUUCGUUUGCAAAGCAUUCGCCGCCACAAUCAGAAGACUCGGUGGACGAAGUGGCUGCCCAAUACACGAGUAUCAACGCUUUGGUGAAGCGUGAUUCAUCGACUACUACUACGCCCGGUGAUGCGGGCGAAAACGCUACGGAAAUCAGUCAGUCCGAAGUGAGUCGAGUAAGCAAUCAGGUUGGAUCGAACAUGUCUUCCCCCUUUAAGACCGAAGGAACCAAUAGCAUCAUGGCCGAAACAUACAAGCAACUUGAAGAAAACAUGGCCGAAUCAGUCAAGCGCGAUGGUUCGAGUGAGGAACAAGAUGCUGCAAGUGAUAGCAAACAAGUUGAAGAGAAUAUGGCCGAAUCGAUCAAGUACGAUAGUUCGAAUGAUGACCAAGAUGCUGCAAGUGAUCACAGCUCAUCAGACGACUCAAUCUCCGUUGAAAACCGAACGUUUGUGGCCAGAGUCCCAGCUAGGCUCAUGAAUAAAAGUGCGAAAAGAAAGGGCGAGACUGACGAAAUCAAAGUUCACGUAUUUUUCGGAAAAAAUGAAGGUGAAGCUGCUGUGAAAGAUGACCCUAUCAAAAAUGAAGAAGAAGCUGCGACUGCAACAAAGGAUCAGAUUGGAUCAAACACACCUUCAACAAUGAUGGCCGAGGCAUACAGUCAGCUCAAUAAACUGGUCGACUCGGAUGAGCACCGGGGCUCAACGAAGGACCAAGACGCCGCAAGUGACAGCAGUUCAUUGAACGAUUCAAUCUCCUUUGAAGUCUUAACGCUUGAGGCAACGGUCCCAGCUAGUCUCAUGACUAAAAGAGCGAAAAGAAAGGGCGAGACUGAUGAAAUCAAAGUUCUCGUAUUUUUUGAAAAAAAUGAGGAUGACGCUGCUGUGAAAGAUGACUCUAGUUCUCAAGCCCGUCGUUCUGAACGAACAAGCAAGCGAUCCACAGUGUACAAUGAAGACUGCCUAAUCAUCGACAACGCAAAAGUGGAGGGAGGAGAAGAGCAUAUUCUAUCUGGGCAGGAAGAAAAUGCCGUAGACCCAACGUUCGUUACCUCAAAUGGUCGAAAGAGAAAACAGGAAAUGCAGGCCGUGAUUAGCGACAGCGAAGGUGAGAUACAAAAUGUUGCAAAGAAGCGAGUAUCUGAAAACGUCGACCAAGAAGAAAACAAUGGUGGCAAUGUCAAAAUGGGCGAAGGUCUGCCCUUUGUCGAUUGCCCCAUCGCUCUUCGGGAAAUAUUGGAGAGUGAUUUCAGAGAACAGGACAGGAGCUAUUCAACCAAAUAUGUGGCAAACACAGUUGACCACGUGUGGAGAAGAGUACCCGAACACGUCAAGCAGAGUCUUCCUUCAGAAGGAAAUGGAAUCGAAGAACUUCGCAAGUGGAAAUUGAAGCACUUUGGUGAACAGACCCCAAGACCUGUUUUUGUUCCAAAUUGCCCUGAAUUUCUUAUCGACAUGCUUCGAGAGGAUGUUGCCUGCCAAAUGAAAUUGCCUCACAGCGAGCUUACACGUAGUAUCAAGCAGAUCUGGAAUGCGAUUUCUCCCCAUGCCAAAGGCUGCCUACCUCAGGAGGACGCCCCGGGAUAUUUUUCAGAACUCAAGAAGUGGAAAAAGCUGCAUGCACGGGAUGCAGCAACGUUGAUAGCGCCGCCCAAAAAAACGACUGUUAGAAAGCGCCCGAGACCGAGUGAUCACGAGAAAAGUCCCAAGUCGGACGAUGGCCGCAGCUCUUCGUAUGCUUCCUCUCAAGCGCCGCAGGAGACACCGACACAAAAGGUUCGGCACACGACGGAUGGAGGAAAGACUGCUGGGAAUCCUGUUGCUGAUAAUGUGCCAAGCGGCGCUCAAGGCCAGGGAACCCUUGUCCAAGAGGAUGAUUCCAACAGUUUCUAUGUCGAAGAGGAAGCCCACCAGUAUCACAACCCACCGCUUCCAUCCUCGAAUUCCAUAGGAGUUCCGCCUGAAUCCUUGAGGCGUAUUCCACCGCCGCCGCCGUUCGGUGAUCUACCGAAGACAGGGAAAUGCCAGUGGUCUUGGGACAACGAACAACGAGUUCUUCUUGCCAAUUUCUCUUCUUCGGUUUCUUCUUCAAAUGCUUUUUCCAUGCAUCCAACAGAUGAGGCUUUCUUCUUGCAAAUGAUGGAAAGAAAUGACGUGACCCUCAUUUCUGAAGGUUUAGUCUCUGUUCAAUCUCUAAAUCCAGACUAUUGGAAGCCAGAAUAUCUUCGGAGAGUUCUUGGGAACGAGUAUUUUCACAAGUUCAGACGGUUUGACACAGUGAAAACUGAGGACGGAUUUGAAAAAUGCUUUGAAUAUGACGGCAUGGUUUCGAUGAAAGUUGGAGAUUACAUUGAAUACCUUGAGAAGCGCCAAAGUUAUCUUUGCGGCAUGAUGGACGGAGCGGAUCCGUCUUUCUCUUUCGUAAAUCAUGAAGGGCAAUAUGAAACGUUAGACAAUGUGGGGACAACUGCACUGUAUAUGAUCGAUCUUGACAUUAACAGAUUGCUACCAAAGUUAAAAUCCAACUUCUUGGAAAGCUUCCGAUAUCAUGAUGUGCUACCUGGUGGAUCUCAUUGCUUGAUGAAUUCGGUCACAAGCACGGCGCGUCCAUUUAUGGGACCAAACAUGUAUGUGACUCCCCCUGCUGCAUUUACACACUUUCACCAGGAUGGACAUGGAACAGUUGAUUCUGGCCAUCUCUGUAUAAGUGGAUACAACGAGGUCGUGAUGUUGAGAAGGCUCACCGAACGUCACAAGAAACAUGCUCUGAUGAUUCUUACUGGUAAUUUUGGAGGCGAGGAAAACCGCAACUCGCUCCCAACUUAUUUUGAUGGAUUGUAUCAGGAACCCCACGGAGAUCUUUUGGGGGACAAGCCAUCGUGGCCCACCGAAGGCCAGAUUCAAAAGUGCCGUGACAUGGGAUAUUGUCCCACCGUCUGCAUUGUCAAGCCGGGACAGCUUAUCCAUAUCAACAAAGGUCGACUGCAUGCGUUUCGAAAGAUGUCGAUUGCCCCACUACAUGAGGGCGACUGCCACAAGAAAUUGCGGGAGAAAACGAUCGAAGAACACAAGCUUACCAAAGAGACUUUAUGUGUGAGCAUCGCUUGGGAUUGGAUGUACAAAGGGGUGUCCGUAGGGGGCAUCAAUCGUGAGAUCAGUUCUGUGCUUGAAGCAGUUGUACUGAACCGAAAGAAUGGAAGGCUGUCCCUUGCCAUUCCAGAGUUUUCACUCUUUCAGAUGGCAAAGAUGCUAAAUCCUAGCCAGAAAACUGCUUCAAAGCUGGACAGUUUUCUGCUGUUUGGAAAUUCUGGUUCACACACGUCGGUUGUUUCAUCGAUACCAGAUGCAAAAACAGUUUGCCGCGGAAUAUUGCCAAGUCUCAGACAUGUUAUGAAGCAGCAGCUGAAUACAUUGGGGAAUGCUUCUUCUUCUGCCUCGACGUCUAGAGCACGCGGAGAACGUGUAGCGAUAGCGAAACGGCCAAAUACACACGAAGAUCCGAUGAAAUUUCCAUUAGACCCUUAUGGACUCGAUGGUUUUGCCUGCAAACUAUGUUCGAGGGAGCUCUCCAAUGUAUACUACCACUGUGAUGGUUGCGAAAAACUCUUAUCGAAAGACUUUAAUAUCUGCCUUGAGUGUCAUGGCGACAAGAAAUUUAUGUGUACGGUUCAGAUGCACCCGACCAAUCCGAAGAAGCAUGCAAGCUUAAACCAUACCGGCUUAAUGAGAUUCGACCGCGUAAGCCGGUGUCCUUGUAAGAAUGGUCCUGUAUGCGGCCACUGCAACUUCUGUUUGGGUUGCUCCUGCCGAUGUCACAGUUGGUUCACUCUUCAUUCACGCAUGUUUGGAGAGGAAGAAGGCAAAGCUCUGCUGAAUGGCGUAGACGAGGUAUGCGCUUCGUGUGAUAGCGACCAGAGUCAUAGAUUUGGCGAACUUCUUGCGGAGCGAUUGGAAGCAGCGGCCAAAGAGCAUUGA